AUGGACCAGAAGCCCAAUCCCAGCGACUUUAACCCUUCGGGCCACUUCGAUCAGCUCUCGUCCAAAUAUGAUAAUCUAAUCGGCCUCAUGACGGGCGACAUCGCACGCUACACCUUACGAGAACUGAUUGAGCCGCCCAGUGCGGACAUGGUGAUCCACGACAACGCCUGCGGCACAGGUCUCGUCACCGAAUACCUGCAGCAGGUUUCUGCCCAGCGGGGGAUCUACCCGAGGAAGAUCCACGCCACAGACUUUGUGCCGUCCGUCACCCAAGUGAUGCAGAACAAAGCGACGCAACAGCAGUGGCAGAACGUGGACAUCUCGGUCAUGGACAGCCAGGACCUCACGUUUGCAGACGGCACGUUCGACCUGAGCAUCACCAACUUUGGCAUCUUUUUCCUGCCCGAUCCGCAGAAGGGGGCGGACCACAUCCACCGCACGCUGAAGCCCGGCGGCGUCGCGGUCGUCACGGCGUGGAAAGAGCGGCGGAUCAUGGACACGAUCGCAGCCGCGCAGGAGGCGAUCCGGCCGGAUCUGAAGACCUUGUCGAGCCCGUGGGCGGAGCGCUGGUCACGGGAGGAAACACUGCGAGACGUCCUCGUCGCCGCGGGCUUCAAGGCCGAGAACGUGCGCAUCGUGGAGAAACGGACGGACGCGGUGGUAGAGCCGUUCCUGCGCGACCCCGACAUGGUCGCCCGGUCGUACCCUGCGGCUGUGGAGGGGUGGAGCGACGAGGAAAAGGCGAGACUGGGAGGGGAGAUGUUGAGGAUCGCACGCGAGAGGGAUCCCGAGGAUGGUGGUGUCGGCGGUCUCUACUUUGUGGCGUAUGUCGCGAUAGCGAAAAAGUGA